CACCUAGGCCAAUAUCCAAGCACAGGCUACGCGGACAACAAACAUCACCGCCCAUCAUAGACACCGUCUUUUUGCUUGUGAAAGAGAAUAUAAAAUUCGCCCAAGAUGGUCGUCCUAGCAGCGUCGAUUUGCACCCGCGGGGGUAAAGCUGUCCUUUCCAGACAGUUCCGAGAGAUGCCACGAUCGAGAAUAGAGGCUCUGCUUGCGUCCUUCCCGAAGCUUGCCGAACGCGGAACGCAGCAUACUACGGUCGAGCAAGACAAUGUCCGCUUUGUCUACCAGCCAUUGGACGAGCUCUACAUGGUGCUCAUCACCAACAAGCAAUCCAACAUCCUCCAAGAUAUCGACUCCCUCCACCUCUUUGCCCAGGUCGUCACUGGCGCCUGCAAGACCCUCGACGAGAGAGAAAUCUUGCGCAAUGCCUACGAGCUGCUCAGCGCUUUCGAUGAGCUUGUUACCCUCGGCUACCGCGAGAACCUCAACAUCAGCCAUAUCAAGACCUUCCUCGAGAUGGAGUCUCACGAAGAGCGUGUCCAGGAAAUCAUUGCCAGAAACAAGGAACUCGAAGCUACCGAAGAGCGCAAGCGCAAGGCCAAGCAGCUCGAGAUGCAACGCAAGGAGUCUGCCAGAGCCGGUCGCAUGUCCGGCAUGGGAGGCGGUAUGUCCUCACAAGGCUACAACUCCUACAGUGCCCCAUCGCGACCAACCCCUUCACCUGCUGUUGACUCGUAUGAGGCUGAGAAGAACAAGACCUUCCAAAAGGCCCCCGCUCUCAAAGGCAAGGGUAUGCAGCUCGGCAAGAAGUCCAAGACGACUGAUAUGUUUGAGCGCGUACGAGGCGACAUGGGCGGCGAGAUUGACGACACUCCUCUUGUCGCCCCCGCCGCACCAGCCCCUGCUGCCGCUGCUGCCGUUGAACACGAUGUUUCGUCAUCGCUGGACCGCGAUGCCAUCCACAUUACCGUUUCCGAGUCUAUCAGCGCCAAGCUCUCCAGAGAAGGAGCAGUUGGCUCUGUCGCCAUUACUGGUGACUUGACGCUGCGUGUAACAGAUCCCAGCCUGACCAAGAUUAAGCUUGCCUUGCACGCCGUUCCCUCGCACGGUGCUCAGUUCCGUACACACCCCAACGUUGAUCGUAACGUCUUCAACAGCACAAAGGUUAUCCAGAUGAGCAACACAGCUCGUGGAUUCCCCGUCAACAACGCCGUCGGUGUCUUGAGAUGGAGAGCUUCCCCCAAGGCCGACGACCCUGCCUCCUGUCCCAUCACAUUUACCGUCUGGAUUAACAAGGACGGCUCCAAGUUUAACAUUACAGUCGAGUAUGAGCUGACUGGCGGCGACCCUCUCCGCGACGUUAGCGUUGCUAUCCCCUACCAGGGCGGCGAACCCGUUGUUUCCAGUUUUGAUGCCUCGUACGAGGUCUCUGGUGAUGUACUGGAGUGGAACAUUGGCGCUGUUGACGAUGAGAACCCCAACGGCUCGUUCGAGUUUGAGGCUGAGACCACUGACGAAAACGAGUUCUUCCCCAUGAACGUCCGCUUCAGCAAGAGCUCGCCUUUUGUUGAUGUCGAUGUUACCUCUGUCAGUCUUUUGGAAGAAGACGAAGAGGUUACCUUUUCCAAGGAUGUCAAGUCCAACGCCGACAACUUUGUUAUUGAAUAGAUUUAAAAAGUUGCAGGAUGCAGGGGUGGUUCUACGUAGAAUUUAAUGGCGAAAUGAAAAUCAAUUACAGUUUAAAAAGGCU